UUGUCAUAAGCCGAGCGACGGUUUAUCGAUCAGUCUUUUCCCUGGCAUUGGUGAUCCCUCGACCCUGCUAGGUCUAAAGAGGCGAUGUCUCUACGCGGCGGGGACGCUGCUCGCACCCUGGGGCUCCGGGUAUUUGGAAGAUAUUUAUACAGUCCAAUCAGGUCAUUAAGUUCCUUGCCAGAUAAAAAAAAAGAAUUUUUACAGAAUGGACCAGAUCUUCAAGAUUUUGUGUCUGGGGAUCUUGCAGACAAGAGCACCUGGGAGGAAUAUAAAGGAAACUUAAAACGCCAGAAAGGAGAAAGGUUAAGACUACCUCCAUGGCUAAAGACAGAGAUUCCCAUGGGGAAAAAUUACAAUAAACUGAAAAAUACUUUGCGGAAUUUAAAUCUCCAUACAGUAUGUGAGGAAGCUCGAUGUCCCAAUAUUGGAGAGUGUUGGGGAGGUGGAGAAUAUGCCACUGCCACAGCCACAAUCAUGUUAAUGGGUGACACAUGUACAAGAGGUUGCAGAUUUUGUUCAGUUAAGACUGCAAGAAAUCCACCUCCCCUGGAUACCAGUGAGCCCUACAAUACUGCAAAGGCAAUUGCAGAGUGGGGUCUGGAUUAUGUUGUGCUGACAUCUGUGGAUCGAGAUGAUAUACCUGAUGGGGGAGCUGAGCACAUUGCAAAGACUGUAUCAUACCUUAAGGAAAGGAAUCCAAAAAUUCUUGUGGAAUGCCUCACCCCUGAUUUCCGAGGAGAUCUUAAAGCAAUAGAAAAAGUUGCACUGUCAGGAUUAGAUGUGUAUGCACAUAAUGUAGAAACAGUUCCAGAAUUACAGAGGAAAGUUCGUGAUCCCAGGGCCAAUUUCGACCAGUCUCUACGUGUACUGAAACAUGCCAAGGAGGUUCAGCCUGAUCUUAUUUCUAAAACAUCAAUAAUGUUGGGUUUAGGUGAGAAUGAUGAGCAAGUAUAUGCAACAAUGAAAGCGCUCCGUGAAGCAGAUGUAGACUGUUUAACUUUAGGACAAUAUAUGCAGCCAACGAAGCGCCACCUUAAGGUUGAAGAAUAUAUUACUCCUGAAAAGUUUAAAUACUGGGAAAAAAUAGGAAAUGAACUUGGAUUUCAUUAUACUGCAAGUGGUCCUUUGGUGCGUUCUUCAUAUAAAGCAGGUGAAUUUUUCCUGAAAAAUCUAGUGGCUAAAAGAAAAACAAAAGCCCUCUAAAACUUGGACAAGACCUUCAAGAUCACAGAAAUUUUAUUUUAUUUUUUGUGGUGCUGGGAAUUGAUUCCAGGGCCUUGUGUAUGCAAGGCAAGCACAUACCAACUGAGCUAUAUCCCCAGCCCUUGAUCACAGAAAUUUAAAAAAUAUAUUUCCAGUUGGAUCCUAAGUGGUGCAAGAAUGCUUAAACUUCAGCGGAUGCACCUUGAUAUUUUUUUUUUUUUU